ACCACAGAAGGCGCUCUGCACACUGAAAUGAUGAAGGCUUUUCACUGGAUCCUCCUGUACUGCGCUGCACCCCUGCUGUCUGAUGUACAGGGCACAUACCACCUCAUGGCAGGGGAUCCCGAGCUAAUGGCUGCUCAGAGUUACGCUCAAACCAGAAAUAAUGGGCGCCCACCGCUCAGGACCCUGAAUCCAGAAAUUCACAGAAGUGACUACACAUAUAGAGGAAGGUAUCACUACCACUACCAGCCACCAAGGAUCCCUCCACCGGUAGUGUAUCACCCCAUUCCUCUAUCUCCACCAGUGACUUACCACAGACCCCCAGUCCCCAUAUCACCUUUUCACCACACAUUCAAAGGCCCACAUAUGCAUCACAUACACAUACCACCACUGGUUCGUCAUCCCCAACAUGGGAUCAAAGACCCGUUCCCUUACAAAGUGAAAGGUCUCUGCCCCUCACCUGUGGUACGCCCUCCAACUGAACCAGAACCGACAAUUCUACCAACCCUGCCAGCGAGUACAGUGCCACCGGUGACCGCUGUGCCGCCAGGGAAGACCACCACUCCUGUGACGCUACCGGUCAGUACCCAAAGCGGCUUCAUCACCACCGUCAGUCCUGUGCCGACAGAGACAGACUCUCAGUGCAGAAGCCGUUCCCUGGACCUGGUCUUCAUCAUUGACAGCUCUCGCAGCGUGCGUCAAGGAGAAUUUGAGAAGGUUAAAAUCUUUCUGGCCAACAUGGUCGACACCCUCGAAGUGAGCUCAGAUUCCACCAGGGUGGCUGUGGUCAACUACGCCAGCACGGUCAAGACAGAAUUCCUGCUCAAAGACUAUUUUAGCAAACUAGACUUGAAGAAAGCCAUCUCCCGCAUUGAGCCUUUGGCGACUGGCACCAUGACCGGCCUCGCCAUCAAAACUGCAGCGAAUGAAGCUUUCACCGAGCAGUCCGGAGCCCGGCCUCGUUCUAGGAAUAUCUCCAAGGUGGCCAUCAUCGUGACAGACGGGAGACCUCAAGACCAGGUGGAAGAAGUGUCUGCUGCAGCCCGGGGAAAGGGUAUCGAGAUCUACGCUGUCGGGGUGGACCGUGCAGACAUGCGAUCCCUGCAGCUGAUGGCCAGCACCCCUCUGGAGGACCACGUCUUCUACGUGGAGACCUACGGCGUCAUCGAGAAGCUCACGUCCAAGUUCAGAGAGACCCUGUGCGGUGUGGACCCCUGCUCCAUGGGACACGACUGCGAACACAUUUGUGUCAACAGCAACGCCUCGUAUUACUGCAAGUGCCGGAAAGGUUAUAUCUUGAAUGUGGACAAGAAAACAUGUUCCCUGAAACAGGUGAAGGUCGAGGUGGUGGAGGAUCCCUGCAAAUGCGAGGCUAGACUGGCUUUCCAGAAGCAGACGCAGGCAGCCAUCCAACAGCUCACAGCCAAGCUUGCUGACGUGACUGAGAGAAUAGAGCGUCUUGAGAACACGGUGGGCCGUGCCUGAAACUUUGCACAGCCAGAUGACUUUUGUUGCUCCCACAGACUACUGCAUCAUGGGGAGGAACUUCCUGUGAUCCACUCUAACUUCAACCACAGACUGAGAGAAGUGAUGACUCACAAAUCAACCCCCCAGGUUACUGACUGCUGAGCAACAAUGUCUACAAAUAAACUUUAUUUUAACUUUUUAUUGAUGAUUUUUUUCCCCCAAAUCUACUGUAAAUGUUACUUAAACUAAACCCCCAGGAGCAUAUUAAAAUAUAUAGUAAUCAACAUCUUUUUUUUCCUAUUUUGUAUAAAUGAAUAUUGUAUAUAUUAGCCUCAUGCUGAAUUAAACGUAGCCUUAAUAAAUGUGUAACUUGAAUUCAACUAAAAAUACAGAAUAAUGAAUAUUUUCCCAUUUAUCGGGUCGUGACACAAACAUGUAUCAUACCAUAUAUAUAGUAAAAAAUUCCAUUAAAAUUUAAUCUAAUCUCAUAUUUGCACAUUUGUUGUUGUAUUAUUUUUGAAAUAAUAUUACAUGACGCACUCUAUAAAAUACAUAUUUAAAAAAAAUACAAUUACUAUCUAAAGAUGUAACAGCAUUAUAGUAAAUUCUUUAAGUAGUAAAAUUCUAGCUGAUUGACUGAAAUAUGGCAUUUAUUUUGUGAAAAUAUUUAGGAUUAUAACUGCAUUCCAGAAUUGUUACAGUUUUUGUAUUUUAUUUUUUUAGUUUAGUGUAAUUGUAUUUACUUUUCAGUGUAUUUUUCUUGUUUAAGCGAAGCUUUUAUUGUUUGGAAAUGAUUAGUUCCAUUGGUUUUAAUGUUAGUUUUAGUCUUUUGUAGAUGUUACUGUAUGGAGGGAAUAUGCUAGAUGUAGGAAAAUGAACACAAAUGUUACCAAAAAACCCCAGAAUUUCUUUGAAAGCAGGUAUCUUCAUUAAACGUGUCUGUUUAAGCCUCACUGCCCACUGCUUACCCAAAAAGAUUACUGUAAAUGAAGCCUGGCACUCAAUGAUUUUUCAAGUUUAAAUAAAAUUAAAAUUAAAUGUA